CAGUUUAGAGGUGGAUAAAGUUCGUCUCCACGUUGGAAGUGAUAGAAAGUCGUGUUCGGACUUCGUCUCUACUUUUUUUUAACCGAGGCGAAAACAAAACAAACAAACAAAAAAAAGAUAGUUGGGCUGUACGAAUACUGAUAAAUAUUUUUCUGUUAAUGUUAAUGUUCACUCGAGAAAACUUUUCACGGGACACACUGACGGGGACGCGAUCGUGGACCAGCGGAACUUUAUGUCCAGAAAAAUGGAAGCGACUUUCUACGAGGAAGGCGUGAACGCGCCCAACUCCCAGCACGACGGCGGCACGGGGGUGACGUACGGCUUCAACCCCAAAACUCUCAAACAAACCAUGACCCUGAACCUGAACGAGCCCAAAAACCUCAAACCGCACCUGGGAUCCAAGGCCCUGGACGUACUGACGUCCCCGGACGUGGGUCUGUUGAAGCUGGCGUCGCCGGAGCUGGAGAGGCUGAUCAUCCAGUCGUGCACCGGCCUGACGACUCCCACCCCGACACAGUACCUCUGCUCCAAGAACAUCACGGACGAGCAGGAGGGCUUCGCCGAGGGCUUCGUCAGGGCGCUGGCGGAGCUCCACUACCAGCAGCAGAUCCCCGCCGCGCACCCUGACGCGCCCGAGGCUGCCGCGUCCGACAGCGGCGGGCUGCGCUACAGCUGCACGGUGCGCGCAGAACCCCCCGAGUACGCCAACCUGGGCACGUACAGCCGCGCGGCGGCGGCCGUCGCUGAGCGCUCCUCCUCCUCUUCUUCCUCCUCCUCCUCUUCCUCCUACAGCCACAUGGAGGAGCAGCAGCAGGCGCUUCCACCUCCGCCGCCGCACCCGCGGCUCCACGCGCUGAAGGAGGAGCCGCAGACGGUGCCCGAGAUGUCCGGAGAGACGCCGCCGCUCUCCCCCAUCGACAUGGAGACGCAGGAGCGCAUCAAGGCGGAGAGGAAGCGCAUGCGGAACAGGGUGGCCGCGUCCAAGUGCAGGAAGAGGAAGCUGGAGAGGAUCUCCCGGCUGGAGGAGCGGGUGAAGAACCUCAAGAGCCAGAACACGGAGCUGGUUUCCUCCGCCAACGUGCUGCGGGACGAGCUGGCUCUGCUCAAGCAGAAGGUGAUGGACCACGUAAACAGCGGCUGCCAGCUCAUCCUGACGCAGCAGCUGCAGGCCUACUAAGGAGGGAGUAAAAAAACCAAACCCCCCCCCCCCCCAAAAAAAAAACCAGCACGGUUUGGGACCAAUUUAGAUCACAACAAACUUCUAUGUAUGUGUGAAAUGACCACAGGUCAGAGGUCACUGAAACUUUGAGACACCCUCAACUUAAAGGAAACUUCUCCGGUUGGACUUUUAUUUUAUUUUUUCGAAAUGUUUACCUUUUUUAUUUCAGAUUUUCUACUGAAAACCGGUAUUAAGUAAAGCCAUAUGUUAAUUGGCCAGAAGAGCUGAUGGUCCGUGAUGCAUUUCAGGGCGUCCUGAAUGACGGGUCCCGGGUGGGAUCAGGUUACAUUGUGAAUCAGGUUUCUUUUUCCCAGCAAAGUCUUCCACUCUGUCAAGUAGCAGUUUAUGCUCGAGUCAGGCACUGAUCACCCCAACCAGCAACUAUGUAGGAGUAACCACGACAAAAAAACAAAACAAAAACCUUUAUGAGUCAUAAAGGCGUGUAGCGUUUACUGACAAACUGCCUUACUAAACUGUCAUUUAGGUGUAACUAAUCAGUGUUAGACCUGAAAUAAAUAACACUUUUUAAAUAUUUGUAAGCUGUAUUUUUUAGCACUUAUGAACUGUACAUAUGACGAAAUAAACACUUAGACGCGC